AUGUCGCGUUCUAGUUUCAAUCGCGACCUGAUCGCAUCUAGUGGUGCUGUAGCUAACUUCGUGCGCUCCAUGCAGGCCCUGCGAAGAUCUAUCAAAGGCGAAAAGGACAAACCCCAAGUGUCUAUCGCCCCCAAAACCGCAGUAGCUAUUGUUCCUCCCAAAAAGGUUAUUCGAGCUCUUUAUGACUACGAAGCAACAUCUGAGCAGGAGCUGAGCUUUUCAAGGGGUGAUUUUUUCCAUGUUAUUGGUCGCGAGAACGACUCGGAUUGGUACGAAGCUUGUAACCCGGCUCUCCCUGACGCUCGAGGUCUAGUUCCUGUAGCCUUCUUCCAAGCUCUAGGGCGCACCGAAAGGGAUAGUGGUCAAUCAGAUCUAGGCCAACCCAUAACGAUGAAGAAGGAUGACCAUGAUUCUGGAUUUUCAGAAACCAAUUCAGCGAACGUACCUGCUACUCCCACGACUAGUCAUCGUAGUUCUAAGUCGGUCGCUAAGAAUGGUGCCAUGGUAUACGGGAUUGUCAUGUACGACUUCCAAGCGGAGAGGGCAGACGAGCUGGAAGCGAAAGCUGGAGAGGCGAUCAUUGUAAUCGCACAAUCUAACCCCGAGUGGUUUGUCGCUAAACCGAUCGGCCGCCUAGGAGGCCCUGGUCUUAUUCCAGUCUCAUUCGUAGAAAUCCGAGAUAUGUCAACGGAUACGGCUGUUCCUAACCCUCAGGAUGCUGUAAAGCGAGCUGGCGUUCCGCGGGUCGAGGAAUGGAAAAAAAUGGCAGCGGAUUACAAGAAUAGCAGCAUCACAUUAGGCAAGUUUGAAGGUGGAAGUCCAGACGGUCUUCAGCAAGGUAUGGAGAGGAUGAGCUUGCAACCAGGCGCAAGCCGACAGAGUCAACAGAACCCCGCAUUUCAACAGCAGGGUUAUCAGCAACAAGCUCAACAACAGCAACGAAACACAAUGCAGCAAAAUCAAUUUGCUGCUAAAUCGACUUCCCAACUCUAUGCACCCAUAUCGGCCCGGAUACCACGAUAUUGUUUCGCCGAAGAUAAGUACUGGUUUGUUAUCGAAGCGACUUUGGAGGAUGGGCGACACUGGGAGUUGUCGCGUUACUACGAAGAUUUCUAUGAUUUCCAAAUUGCUCUCCUGACCGAGUUCCCUGCUGAAGCUGGUAAUACUGGCACACAGAAGCGUACUCUACCGUAUAUGCCUGGUCCUGUUAAUUACGUUACCGACGCAAUCACGGAAGGGCGACUACAUAACUUGGACGCAUACGUGAAGAACCUACUUGGACAACCACCAUAUAUUUCUAAGUGUAAUCUGGUGAAGCAGUUCUUUGCACCGCGAGAGGGUGACUACGAAAUUGAAGCUCCUAACGGAGAUGAGUACAGACUUUCUGGAGGGUCACGCUCGUCAGUCGAUUCACCGAGAGAUGGAAACUCACGGCAAUCUUCUAGGAACAAUCUGAACGGAAAUGGCUACUCGGGGUUAUCCGCUGCUCCUAGGCAAAUGCAGAAUGGGCAAACACCAAUGACUCGACAACCAUCAUCACUAUCACAACCAUCACAGACAUCGCUAUCCCCAGGGAUCAGCCAAGGGGGACCGUCCCUUAAAGUUAAAUUGCAUUUUAACGACGACACGUUCCUAAUACGUGUACCGUCCGAUACAAACUUCCAACAGUUAUAUGAGAGGAUUAGGGAACGAACUAAAGUUGCUAACGGGGACCAAAUUCAACUCUUCUACCGAGACGAGCAAAGUGGCGAUAAGCUCAGUCUCUUGAGCAACAACGACCUCAACUAUGCUCUAGAGCAUAACGAGAAACUUGUUGUUUUUGUCGAGCAGGUAUAA